CACGCAAUUGUUUAACUAUAAUGAAAUCUCAUUUGAAUUAGCAAAGCUCACUCCAAGCCAAAUGUCCCCAUAAGGCCAAGCAAGCGCUGCUUUCGCUUGUCAAAUUACCAACGCUGGUUAAUCAUGGAAGCUCUCCACAAAUUCAAAUUAAUUGCGUCAGAUUUAAAUUUGACCUAAGGCUUGCCCUGACCAGGGCAUGGCAGACAGAUGGGACCCCUCCCUCGUCAAACCACGUGACAGGGAUGGGGUACCACGGGGGGUCGGGAACAACAUGUUUAGGCUGAACCCACCUCCUCCAAUGGAAAAGAACGAUGUUUGGAGGUAAAGGUCAGGGGUCGUAGUCUAAGAACAAAAGGGCAGCGAUGUUCACCGUUGCUUUCACCUGACCUUGGUGACCUCGGGGGCAGCGAUUACGUCGAUGCAAGGUCAGUAAUUGGUUUACGUGAGACUCGCCGGGCGAUAUAAGACCGGCUGCUCCUGUUUCUUGCAUUACUAGACACGAGCUUUUACAAGCAACAAGCAUGGCUGUUUACGAGUGCAAUGCGAGCUUCUCACAAGUUGCCUUUACUGUAGAGGAAAUUAAUUAUGGAGAAAUAAGCUUGUUGGAACCGAGUGAGAGAAGUGUGCUUGCUAUAAUGUCUGUGCUGAUGCCAUCGAUACUUCCCAUGAUCCUCCUGGUUACGUCCUGGCAAUUGUGGUACAUCUACAACGUGAACUGCCGAGACCAGACCUGCAAACUUCCGCUUCCACCAGGCAGUAUGGGACUUCCGGUCAUUGGGGAAACCCUCAAUCUUGUGUUAAUGGGCGCCAAGUUCUACAAACAGAGACUCAAGUCGUACGGGAACGUCUUCAAGACACACAUCCUGGGAAACCCCACCAUCCGGGUAGUCGGAGCCAAAAACAUCCGGAAAAUUCUACUAGGAGAGCACUCCCUGGUGACCGCCUACUGGCCCAAGAGCGUCCGCACUCUCAUGGGGGAGGGGACAGUUACCCACGCCAUGGGUGACACCCACCGCCACCGUCGCAAGGUCAUCCUAAAGGCCUUCAGUCACAAAGCGCUGUCGUCUUACGUCGGCGCCGUCCAAGACGUCACCCGCUCCUACAUCCAGAGGUGGUGUCAGCAGGGAUACGUCUUUGGGUACCCAGAAUGCAAGAGUAUGACAUUCAAGACCGCGUGUCGCGUGCUGGUGGGGUUCAAGGUCAGCGAGAAGGAGCACCAGCAACUCUUGGAAACAUUUGGGGAGUUCAUGGACAGCCUCUUUUCCCUUCCCUUCAAUGUUCCCGGAUCUGGCUUUAAUAAGGGUCUGAACGCUCGUCACAAACUGUUGUCUAAGAUUGAGGAGUGCCUUCAACAACGGAAGGAAGAAGGGAGCGGCUUCGACGCCCUGUCCCUCAUGAUGGGGAUCGACGGGGAGGAAAAACUAACGCUGGAGGAGCUGAAAGACGUCGGCCUUGAACUUCUGUUUGCUGGCCAUGCCACGUGCGCCAGUGCUGCGUCAUCCCUUCUUCUCCAUCUCGCCAAGAACAAACACGUUGUUGACCGGAUAACGGAGGAACUAAGAGAUCACGGUCUGGAUGAGGAUGACACGGAGUUGUCGCUGGAGAAAAUAGGUCAACUAAAAUACGUGUCCAAUGUGGUGAAAGAAGUUCUUCGACUAGCGCCACCUAUCGGGGGAGGAUUCAGAAAAGCACUCAAAACAUUUGAAAUUGAUGGCUACCAAAUACCUAAAGGAUGGACGGUCGCCUUCAGCAUCCGCGAAACACAGGAACUUACAGAAAUAUUCAGUGAAAGUGACAAAUUUAACCCCGACAGAUGGAAUUCAGUUUCCGAUGACCGCUUUCAUUACAUUCCUUUUGGGGGCGGAAGUCGAACAUGCGCUGGAAAGGAACUUGCGAAACUCAUGCUCAAAAUAUUUGCCAUUGAACUUGCAAGAAACUGUACGUGGCGACUUUUGAACGAGUCAUCAAAAAUGAAAUAUAUUCCUGUUCCGCAUCCGGUUGAUGGACUUCCUGUUCACUUUUCACAAAUUCCCAAAAACAAACGACCGCGUGCUUUCACGUGGUAAGGUGCACGUGAACGAGACACUAUUGAAUUCCAUUUUUGACUGGUUCUGUGAUUGCGGUUCGUCAUAGUGAUAGUUUAUGUCACUAACAGAAGGAACGGCAGCGGCAAACCUGUCUGGCUCAAAUGACAAACUUGAAAUUCCGUCCUUAUUUGCCUCUGAACAUCGGCUUCUUGCAAGGUUUAAGUGGCACAAGGAAUCGUUACCUUUCUUGUGGGGCCAAAGACCCGGGCUCGAUUCCCCACAUGGGUACAAUGUGUGAAGCCAAUUUCUGGUGUCCCCCGAUGUGAUAUUGCGGGUAUAAUGUUAACAGCGGCGUAAAACCAUAUUCACGCACUCUCAUUCACGCACUCUCCCUACCUGUCUUAUGUUAUCGGUAGAUUCGUUUGGGUUUUUUUUGCUCGUCGCUACAAGUCGGGUACACUUGCCUCAUUGCCAUGUCUACCCGUUCAAACAAUAUAAAAUAUAAAGAGUUGAUUCGGAUACAUAAAAAAGAAAUCUCCAGACAACCAGUUCUAUAAUAUCAGUUUGUAAUUUUGUAAGUUCAAGACUUCUGGUUAUCCAAAUGGUUCCAUAUCCUGUGGACAAACCGGCUGAAAGAACAUCUUUGAACAUGUACGGUGCCUGCUAAUCCAAUGGGUAAUCUUUCAGCAUACAAAUGAUUCAAAUCAAACAUUCCCAACAUGUUUUUGUUUCAGUUAUUUUUUUACUUCAUCGAUCUGAUAUCUGAAAGGAGCGCGUGUGACGUUUCAAUCCAAAAAUCAUGUCGCUGCUAUUAGUCAACCUUACUAUGACAUUCUAACUUCGCGGCAAACGUCGGGAGUGUGUGUCCCGAAAUGAAAUGUGUGUUCACGCAUACGCUCUUCAUCCUUUGAAUCUUGAUUAUGUUUAUUGAAUUUUUCAUCUCGAAAUGGCUUCAAUGUUUUAAAUAUAUCAUGUUUAUUUAUGUCAUAAAAUUAUGACAUCAGUCAUAUCAAAAUGUUUUUAGAUUUGAAAUAGAUCAUGUUUAUUUAUGUAAUAAAAUUAUGAAAUUACAUUCUCUUUGAUUGUUAUUUUGCGCGAUACAUUUAUAGGUAAAUACGGUUGACUUUGUUGCCGUAAUUUGCUAUGGGGAGCUGCGUCCCUCAGGCCAAUGAUCGUGGGUUCGAAUCCCGGUUCUUGUGGCUUUUGUUUUCGAUCUGCAAUCACUACAGAACAGAAAAAAAAUGACAUGGAAAGUGGUGUGACAUGGACUUUAACAGCGACUUAUAUAGCGACGUGCAUGC